AUGGACCUCGCUGACGCCGAUGCCAACCGAAACGUCGAUGCUGACCGGGUGCUUCAAAACGUUCCGUCUUGCAGGGUCGCUACCGAGUUUAAGCUCAACAACGGUCUCUCGAUUCCCUCCGUCGGUCUGGGAACCUGGCAGUCCCCCAAGGGAGAGGUCAGGGAUGCCGUCUGCCACGCCCUCAAGAACGGCUACAAGCACAUCGACUGCGCUUGGGGCUACCAGAACGAGGACGAGGUCGGAGAAGGCAUCAAGCUCAGCGGUGUCAAGCGCGAGGACAUCUGGAUCACCAGCAAGCUCUUCGAGUUCCACCACAACCACGUCCGUCAGGCGUGCCUCGACACCCUCGAGAAGCUCAACGUCAAGUACCUCGACCUCUACUUGAUGCACUGGAACAUUGCCUUUGUUCCGGAAGAUGUUCCUGCUGGGCAGCUUCCGCGCAACUCGAAGAAGGACCCUGCCACCGGCAAGCACCUGCUGGACGUCGAGACGACCGAGAACUUUGUCGGUGUGUGGAGGGAGAUGGAGAAGCUGGUCGAGGAGGGCCUGGUCAAGUCGAUUGGUGUCUCGAACUUCUCGAUCCGCAGGCUCAAGGAGCUGCUCAAGGAGUGCAAGAUCAAGCCCGUCGUCAACCAGGUCGAGCUCUCGUUCACCUUUCCGCAGCCCGAGCUCGUCGCCUGGCUCAAGAAGCAGGACAUCCUGCCCCAGGCCUACUCGCCGCUCGGCUCGACGGGCGCCAGCCAGGCCUCGCUCGAGGUCGUUGACAGCAUCGCCAAGAAGCACGGCGUCGAGGGCGCCAACGUGCUGAUCAGCUGGCAGGUCGCUCGCGGCUGCAACCCGCUCCCCAAGUCAGUCACCCCCAAGAGGAUCGAGAACAACAUCAAGCUCAUCGAGCUCUCCGCCGACGAGAUCGAGACCCUCGAGAAGGGCGCCCUCGCCCAGACCCCCAAGAAGGUCUGCGACCAGUCCGACCUCGUCGUGCCGGCCUACGACAUCUUCGAGGCCAACCACCCCACCAACAACGACAAGGUUCAGGCCGCCCAGGCAUAG